UUGGAUUAUUUCUCCCAAACCCAACAUAAAAAAAAAUACUAUUACAAUACUCCAAAAAAUGUCUUCACUUUCCUCCAACUCUUCAGACAAUGAGUCUUCUAGUUCCAAUCUUCCAGUUCGAGAAAUCCCAGGUGACUUUGGUUAUCCAUUCUUUGGAGCCAUUAAAGAUAGAUAUGACUAUUACUACAACCUUGGAACCGACGAAUUCUUCCGUACUAAAUCGCAAAAAUAUAAUUCAACUGUAUUCAGAACGAACAUGCCACCAGGUCCAUUCAUAGCUAAAGAUCCCAAAGUCAUCGUUCUUCUUGACGCUGUUAGUUUUCCUCUUCUUUUCGACAACUCAAAAGUCGAAAAGAAGAACGUUCUUGAUGGCACCUUCAUGCCAUCAACCGAUUUCUACGGUGGAUAUCGUCCUUGUGCAUAUCUUGAUGCAUCAGAGCCAAAACAUGCUACACUUAAAGGGUUCUAUUUAGCUCUAAUGUCCAAAUUACAUGCACAAUUUAUCCCUUUAUUUAAAACAUCUGUUUCUGCCAUGUUUCAAAAUCUGGAAAUUGAAAUGGUGAAAAAUGGGAAAGCCCAUUUCAACGACAUUAGCGAUGCUAUGUCAUUCGACUUUGUUUUUCGUUUGUUGUGUGACCAAACAAGUCCCCAUGACACAAAUCUUGGCUCCAAUGGACCAAAAUAUUUUGAUUUAUGGAUGUUGCCUCAACUGGCUCCAUUGGUCACUACUGGUCUAAAAUUUUUGCCCAACUUUGUGGAAGAUUUAUUGUUGCAUACUUUCCAGUUGCCGUUUUUUCUAGUGAAAUCGAAAUACCAGAAGCUUUACGAUGCUUUCAACGAGCAUGCUGGAAGUAUACUGAAUGAAGCAGAGAAGAGUGGGAUCAAUAGAGAUGAAGCUUGCCACAACUUAGUCUUUUUUGCAGGGUUCAAUGCUUAUGGUGGGAUGAAAGUUCUGUUUCCGUCACUGAUCAAGUGGGUCGCAAGUGGAGGGAAGAACUUACACACUCGGCUGGCAAAUGAAAUCAGGACGAUCAUCAAAGAAGAAGGUGGGUCCAUCACUCUAUCAGCAAUCAACAAGAUGAGUUUGAUUAAAUCAACGGUGUAUGAAGCAUUGAGAAUUGAACCCCCAAUUCCGUUCCAGUACGGUAAGGCCAAAGAAGAUAUCAUGGUCCAAAGCCAUGAUUCAAGAUUCUUGAUCAAGAAAGGUGAAAUGAUAUUUGGAUAUCAAACAUUUGCUACAAAAGAUGCAAACAUAUUUGAAAAGCCAGAAGAGUUUAUUCCAGAGAGAUUUAUGGGUACUGAAGGAGAAAAAUUGUUACGACAUGUUUAUUGGUCAAAUGCCAGAGAGACUGAUAAUCCAACAAUUGAUAACAAACAAUGCGUAGGGAGGGAUCUGGCUGUGCUGUUAUGCAGGUUGUUGUUGGUGGAGUUUUUCAUGCGUUACGAUACAUUUACUGUGGAGUCGAGUAAAUUCUUGGCUGGAUCAUCAGUAACUUUUAAGACACUGGAGAAAAAAGUGACAUGAAUCGAUCAUGAUUUAGCCAAUGUAUGUCAUAAUUAAUUAACAAGCUCAUGGUCUGCAAUCAAAUUAAGUACUUCAUCUGCAUGUGGUUACUCCGAACCUUAUUUAAUUGCUGUAUUUUUAGUAAUUGGUGAUAAAUUUACUGGAUGUAAUAAUUGAUUGCUUCUGCUUAUAGGUUACUAGCUACAAUUAAUUUAAUGUAAUUUGCAGUAGUUUAAUUUCUCUCUGUGUAAUUUUUUUCCGGUCACUUUUCUAUGUGUAUGUUCUCUUCCAAUCCCAGCUGUAAAAUUACAAUAGCUAUAUUGUUGGGUAUGUUAUUGUUGUUUACUAUGUGUAUGCAAAUGAAAAUAGAGUAUGAGAAAAAGAACAAAAUGAUCUCUUAUCUUUGACUUUAAAA